AUGAUGAAAUUGAACACCAGUGCAAUCGCGAUCCGCGCACCCACGACAUUGGGCCUUGCGCCGCGACUGCAACCCUUCCGACUACAGCGCCAAUACGCGACACAGACUGGUUUGGGAGCGACAGCUUCGUCCAAGCCGAAGCGGAGGACGGUCACCCCAUUCAACGAUACCGGAGCUGUUCCCUGGGCGGAUCUUUCAGCGGGAGAAAAGGCGGCCAGAGCCACGCAGCAGACCUUCAACUUCGGCUUGAUCCUCGCCGGAUUGUUAGGUGGAAUUGCAUACGUCCUAUACACCGAUGUGUUCUCCCUCGACAGCAAGACUGCGCACUACAACCGAGUCGUAGACAGGAUCAGAAGCGAUCCGAGAUGUAUUGACUUGCUGGGAGACCCGAAGAAGAUCUCGGCGCAUGGAGAGGAGACGAAUAACAAAUGGCGCCGUGCUCGUCCCCUUGCCUCGACCAUCAAUACCGAUUCUAAAGGUCACGAGCAUCUGUUGAUGCACUUCCACGUCGAAGGGCCCCUCAACAAAGGAGUCGUCUACCUGCAUAUGGUCAAAACACCCAGCAGCGGUGAAUUUGAGUACAAGUAUCUGUAUCUUGAUGUCAGAGGGCACCAGAGACUCUACCUGGAGAACGACACCGGGUCUUCUGCUUCUGGAAAGAAGGCUUUCAAGUUCCUGGGCAUCAGCUGGUGA